CAAUCGGGGGUUGACUGGACUCCGCGCUCUCUUCCUUUAUUCGAGUCCAUGGCAUUGGUAUAACAAAAACCUCAUUGGAAACAGUUCAUGACGGCAAGAGAAGAGCUUGAUAAAACAGAUGUAAAACCUGUUCAGGUAAAUGACUCAAUGGUCUCUUUUUUCAGGAUACGGUGCCUGGCUAUGCAUCGCUGGAUGUGGUGUGUGUGUCUGGGUCUUGAAAAAAAAAAGUGGAAAGAUAGGUCCGCUUGUCUCAGUCAAACAGAGGAGAAAAAAGGGGGGAAACCAGUACGCAUGAGAGCUUACAAAGAGAUACAAGCGACGAAAAAGAACCAAGACACGAACCAUAAGCGAAAUGGCUACUAAUGCGAUUUUAUCCUUCGAUUGAUGACUAUAUUAUGUGACAGAUAUGGAAUGCAAAGGAUUUGGAUGCAGAGUUUGCAACCAUGGCUGCAUUGUUUCGGGACAAGGAAACAGAACACAAUUGGGACAGUAGAGAGAAGGCGAUAACACGACUACGAGGUAUUCUACGAGGAGAUGCUUCAGAAAAAUAUUUAGAUACCCUAAUGGCAGGCAUCCGUCAGAUGGUGGAUGGUAUCAUCAAGUCUGUGGAAAGUUUGCGAACCACACUUGCAUUAAACGCCUUAUCGUUGAUUGCCGAUAUUGGCGUUUAUCUUGGACGACAUUUAACGAAACCUAGUGAAGUGUACAUUUACGACCAGUUGAUCCGAUGUCUUUUUGGAUGCGCUAGUUCGUCAAAAAAGAUCAUGGCUUCCGCUUCCAUGACAACUUGUGUCAUUUUUAUUCGCCAUGCGGCUUUUUAUCACAAGAUGAUUCAAAUGCUGUCACUGUCUAUGAACGAAAAGAAUAACCAAGUACGGCAAUAUACCGUCAUUUAUAUCAAGAACUUGUUACAGGCCCACGCAGGGAAAGAACAUACUCGCGCGGUCAUGAAUCGAACUGGAGGCACGGACAUGGUCGAGAAGAUCCUUAUCAAAGGCGUCACAGAUGCUACACCGGCGGUGCGCGAAGUUUGUCGCGAAGCAUUUUGGAUCUUUUGGGAACAUUGGAAAGAUCGUGGUGAAGCAAUGUUACGUUCCUUUGAUGCAAGUGUCCGUAAAGCGUUGGAGAAAUCCAAAGCGACCGCGCUAGCAAAGAACCGAGCCACACCUACAGAUGCCCACCGCAAUGUGUACAGUCCCACAAAUUCGAGUGGUUCUCUUCGUGCAUCCAGUUCGUUGGGAUCCCAUCGACUUAUACCUGACACCCACGAUACCGUUUCUCCUUCGACAUCCAGCGCUUCCAACGGAUCCACCGGUUCGGCUGAACCGCAUUCCCACCCUUAUCAUGAAAUAUCAAGAACCAUCACACGCUCCGCUUCUCCUUCUAUCCGCAGUACAUCGCCUCAUCCUCUACGAUCAUAUGGUUCGCCUCCCAGUUUUCCUGCUCAAGUUUAUUCCUCUCACGCUCCACCUGUUUCGCCGCCGCCGGCCCGGAAAACGCGUGUUCCGGCUCUUCAUCGUAAAAAAUCAACCAUGGGCCUAAAUGCCAAACGAAAACCCAGUCUUAUGGCGAUGCUGACGCACGACGAUCUUGCCAUGCGCUGUGAAUCUGUAUCUGUUCUUGCCCGCAAACUCGCUGCUUAUCCAUACCAACCUCAACCUGAUCUGCACGCAAUCCAACUCGAAUCUAGCCACGGCCCUUUGGAUGGCGAGGCAUUAAAACGUAUGGUGUGGGAUAUGUUUACCAAAGACCAUGUUCAAAUUUACGAAGCGUUUGCUUCCUGGGACGGCUUGGCCGGUGUGCUAUUGAAAUUGGUGACAUUUGAAGAACUGGUGCCGCGGCUGAUGCUUGAUGCGACAAUGGAUGAAGUAGCACGCAAAACCGAAGAUGACAUUGUCCGUUACAACGCGGCCAACCUCAGUUUACAACGAAUCAAACUGUUUCUGAGCCGGCAUGAUGCUCAGCUGGCUGAACGCUUGUUGAUCAAUUUACAGAAUAUCAUGAAUGGUGUAAGCGAUCCUUCACUCGCACGUCGACCGACCGCGAUGGGGAUCAAAAAAGACCCAGCAAAAAAUCCGGCGAAUCGUCGUAAACUGACUAUGCAAUUCGUGUUGUGGAUGGAUGAGCUAGUCACGCCAGUCAUUGGCUUAGAUACCCCCAUUGAAGAGGACACGUCCAACGAAGCACAAGCGUGGUUAGGUGAUGCUGGUAAUAUCGCUACGACUUGGUUUGAAUCGGAUGCACAUGUUCGUCACUAUCUCAAUACCCUGUUGCCCAUUCUCAGCACUUCAACUCCUGGCACUAUUUUCCAUGCGCCCCUGGUAGCUCUUGUAGGUCACUUGAGACUCAUCAAUCAGAAGCUGUUUGAAGUGCUGGCCAAUACCUUGGACGAUGCGGUCAUGUCCAAAGUAAGCAAGUUACUGGGCAUUCAUUUACGUGUGAUUCCCGAUUAUGUGUGUCAGGCUGCGCCGGACUUUGGUCAACUGGAUGAGGAAGCCAUCCCUGCGAUGGAGGAACCCUCCACUCCACUGUCACCCCAAGAACAUGAUCCAGCUGUGGAGCCAGCCAUUGUCAGUGAUCCUAUCACGAACCAGCACGUCACGGAUGGAUCUUUCGUGGAUGAUCUAAAUGACAACAUGGGUGAAGAACACAUCCACGAACCUAUUCCGAAUCAACCCACUGCGAGCGAAUCUAUUACAGACGAACCUAUCGUGAGCGGCACCGCCGUGAGCGAAUUUGUCAUAAACGAAAGUUUUCCUGUGGAUGAACAAGAACCCGAAAGCUUCAGCAUUUCAGCUGUGACCGCAGAACCGUCUACGCGAACCAUGAAAAAUAGCCAGCAACAAGGGUCUACGGCUGUUUGGCAAGCUUCAGCCCAAGGCCAACACGACACUGAAAGCGACCCGGUCACGGUGGCUCCUGUUCAGGCUGAAAUUGAUCGUAACGAGACCAAGGAAUUGCAACCAUCACAUGACGAUUAUUCUGUGCCGGAUAUCACAGAACCUACUGUGGAGGAUUAUGCACCGAUCCAUGCUGCGGAGCAUCCCACUGAUAGCAUUUACAAGACUUCAGCACCCGCAACAGCCCCGAAAAUCUCCCCAGAAAACAAAGUAGAUCUGGCUACAAUUGAGCCUUCCCCUUUGCAAGACAUGGAGCGCGAACGCUUUGGCAAUCCCUAUGUUACGCGCGAACUUGUUGGACACGAUUCCGGAAAAUCUGACCACCGCAUGGAUCGGUCGGUAGGCCUGGCAACUACGCAUCCGCAACAUAUGACGAGAGAAAGUCCUUAUAGAGCACAUGAAGUCUCGGAGCUACAUGCGAUGGAGGGUGCAACCAAGCUAUCAAGUCAGCAAAAUGGCGUUCAUGUGCAAGAUGUGGCCACCCCCACAGACAUACUGAACGCUGCACCUAGUCAUCUAGUAUCACCUACGAGCAUGCAACCUUCUGUUCCCACGACACUUUCAUCCGCGUCUCACGAAGACGAACCUCUGCCAGCAUUCGUAGAUUAUUAUCAGCCAGAGCGCGUAAUCGAUGCGUUGCCUGUUUUUGAAAAGAACCAUCGCAGCCAGCCUUCAACGGGAGCUCACUUGCGUGGUGGCAGAGAUCGUGCCACAGUGUUGUAUGGAUUAGUGGACAAACUGAAAUCCAUGGAAGCUGACAGCAUGACUUUCCGUAAGCUGAUGCGUUUAUCAAGGGAGACACCGAUCCUCAAGCGAUGGGAUAUGGGCGGUUCUGAAGAAAACGGAAAUGAUGCAUGGGCUGGAGCUGAUCAUAACGGCGGCAAUUUUGUUGAACUUGUGCAAGUCAUCACGGCCUACGUUGGACAGGACCAUGCUUCCGUUCUCCCGGGCUUGGAAUUGAUUCAGCAGUUGGCAGUUGCGCAAACCGGUCUCUUCCGAUUCUACGAAAAAAAGGUCAACAGUCAGGGCAUGAGCUUGGAAGCCCAAUUGGUCCAACGACUUUUAGAACUACGGAGUAACGAUAACCCAACGAUAAGUACAUUGGCAGAGGAUGCAUUAGACGCAGUGUUGGGCGCGUUCGAUGCGCAAACUGUUUUCGACGUUUUGUUGUGCUACCUUAUUUAUCGGUUCGUACUGUCACCUUGCGAUACAUGGAAUUCGGCUCGUUAUCAUCCCAUCGGUACCGCAUUCACCUACAUUGGUAAAUGGGUCAAGGAAGUCAAUAAUACGUUUUUCUUGGACGAAUGGUUAACGCAAGGCGGAAGCAUGGUGCUUCGCAAGGGAAUGAAUGAUUCGAUGAUCCAUAUACGUAAAUCCUGCGUUGAGGCCAUCGUUGCCUUUCAAGAAGCACUAGGUGAUGAUAUUUAUAGAUUCCUGCAAGAUUUGCGCGAAGAUCAGAAGAAUCUUGUGCGUCAUUAUGUGGCUAAAUCGGUGAAAAAGAAGGCCAGUCUACGUAAUCUCAGUGUUUCUGGUCAAUUGCGAUAAAUUAGAAUACCCACAUAUCAGAGAAAAAGAAUAACAGAAACACACACAAUGAAUAACCGUAUUUUUCUACUUACACAUCAUUCACACGCAUUGAUGGAGGAUGAACAAAUUAUACUAUUGAUACU